UUCCCAACACGCCGAAAAGAAAGAGGAAGACCAAAACACUUCACUUUCAGCUGCUUUCUGCCUCGCAAACGGGGAAGGUCACGGGUUUCUCCUUCACAUUUCACAGCGGCAGCGGCGGCCUGAGCUCUGAGAGCACGACUCUGGGUGCGUUUAGGCGUCGUGACGAACUGCAGAGAGAGAGAGAGAGAGAGAGAGAGAGAGUUUUCUGGACGAACUUCUGGUCACAAAAGCAACAACACGCCUAAAACUCAAAGGGACCCGUUUCACAGCUGAGCACCGGAGCAGGAGUAUUAACCUCUGUAGGUCAGAUCACACAUGUUUCGAAGCGAAAAGGCACCUGCGGUCCCGCCAGGGCCCACCCAGCAGAAACUGAGUAAAUCCAUCAGCUCCAUCCCCUCCAAAGAGACACCAAUAGACCCCAAAGCACAGACGUCAGGGAUGAUGGGUGUGCUGGAAAAGGUGAAUCCGUUCAGAUCUUCCCCUCAGGGACGGAAAGACGAGACGUCCAGACAGCGCGCUGUAGAGGAGAGCUCCUUAUCAGUGAGUAGAUCUUCAGCCUCUGGCGAGAGUAAAGAGGCCAAAGUCAUGGACCCGAAUCAGAACACUGGCAUGAUAAGUGGAUUCAUUCAGAUGGUCAACCCAUUCAGGUCACCUUCACAGAGAUCUGAAUCAAGCAGUCAGACUUCUGCAGCUGGAAACAGUGGUCAGGAUAAAGCCACUGGAGGUGGACAGAACCCUGGCCUGGUUAUGGGAUUGAUCCAGAAAGUAAACCCGUUCAGGUCUUCACAGAACCCAAGCAAUGACGAUCCCACCCAAGACGCAGACGGGAACGAGAAGGAGGCAUUGGCGGAGUCUGAAUCAGAGGCCAUGUUACCUUCAACCCAGAAAAACAAGGAUUUAGCAACAACUGAGGAAGGUGGGCUAGGAUCUGCUACACCCACCGAACCCAGUUCUCCCAAGGUGCUUGGCUUUGAGUGGAACCAUUUCAAGAAAGACUCUGUUGAGAUUCCCACUGCGGCAGAACCGUCAGUACCCAGUGAAGGCAGUCCUCAGCAGGCUGAUGAUGAUGAAGACUUCUUAUUGGAAUGGUGGGGGGCUGUGGAAGGUUGGAACGAAUGGAAUGAGUCUGCAAACUUUGAUGGAGAAGAUGCAGAGCAAGCUGUAGAAGCCGCCGCUGACCGCGUCUUCAUGGCUGCCCGUCUCUUCGUUCAUCUCUUCAACCAGCGGGAGGCGUCGUUGCAUCAGCGCGUCUUGGAGAUGCUGGCGUUGGCUGACGCAGCGGACAGUUUCCAUAAGAAAACAGUGACGGCUAGUGUCGGAGGAGGAGUAGCUAGUGUAGCUGGCAGCAUCACCACCAUCACGGGAUUAGCGCUGGCCCCGUUUACAUUUGGAACGUCAUUGAUCGUAACAGCGGUGGGAAUUGGCGUGGCGACAGCAGGGGGCAUUACGUCGGCCUCUGCCAACAUUACAGAUACCAUGCACUCGAGGACUGACCGAGCAAAAGUGGAGCAGAUCAUCCUGGGCUACCAGGAGGAGAUCAGUGACAUUAAAGAAUGCCUCCAGUUCCUGCAGGCAGGUAUGGAGACCCUGGAGGAGUGGAACUUCGAGCAGUACGUGGACAGCAUCUCCAAGCGUGCCAUGAACAAGAACGUGAAGCACGUCAUGAAGGAGGGUGGCCGAGCAGGCAAGGCGCUCCUCAUCAACACUGAGAGUUUGGUCAGUACUGUGCAGGUGCUGGGUGCGGCCGGCGGAGCGGCCAAAGCUGCCCAGGCCAUCACUGUGGCCAGCGGGGUGAUGUCUGGUCUCUUCCUGGCCCUGGAUGUCUUCUUCCUGGCCAAAGACUCCAUGGAGCUGCGCAAGGGGGCCAAGACGGAGUUUGCAGCCAAGAUCCGAGACGUGUGCAAGGAGCUGCAGGAUGGGCUCCUCGAACUGAGGAAGAUCAAAGAACAGCUAGAGGCAAUUAUGGAAGAUGCUGAAGAAGAGGAGGAGGAAGAAGAAGAAGAUGGUGAUGCUGAGGAGGAAGAAGAAGAAAAAGAAGAAGGAAGGUCUGUGGUAGACCCAAAGAAACCAAAGGAUUGAACACAGAGGACUGUAGGUGAAAAGAGAAGGUAAACGGGUUGACUAACAAGGAUGAGUUCCAGUGGUUCGCAGGAAUUCUUCUAGUGUUUUUAGUGUGAACUGUACAUUGAGACAUUAAGCCUGCAAUUGUAUGCAUGAUUCAUGAUUUUAACGCACAUUUCUACCGAGUUGAUGCUGGGGUAGAUUUUACAUUGGUAGAGCUUACAUUUGGGAUCAUAGGUGUAUUUCAUUAUAAUAUAAUUAUAUUUAUGUAUAUAUUAUGUAUUUCACACAUUGUAAUGUAUUUUAAUGAGAGAGACUCUAUCUCUUCUAGACGCACACAUUCUGGCUUCUGACUGACUGAAAGUUGUGAAAGUUUGUAUUUAUUUUGUAGGAUGAGACCCUUGAGUCCAUUGAAGACGCUGGCAACUGGGAGUCGUUGGCUACAAAGUUGAAGUUCAUCUCCUAAUGGCUUUCAGUAGUUUGGAGAAAGGCUAAAUGUCUGUCUUUUGACUCGUCACUGGAGUGCUAUAUAAUUUAAAUUGGAAUAGUUGAAAAGCCUUCCCCAAAAAACAGUUAUGCAUAUAGGUGUGCGCCAAAAAGCAAGUUAACGGUCUACCAUUCAAAGAAGAAACCAUAUACACACUAAUCAGGCAUUCUGACCACCUUCUUGUUUCUACACUCAUUACAGUCUGUAGUCCAUCUGUAGUCCAAACUCCAGCAGCACUGCAAUGUCUGAUCCACUCAGACCAGCACAACAUGAUCCACUGAGAAUGAUCCAGCAC